GGAGUGAUAAGAGCCGCGGUGUUAAAUCCUCUCCCGAGGGUACAACUGACAAACCUAUGCUCUGACUAUUGUGUCUUAUUGAUUCUAGCUCUGUCUCCUCAGGUGGUCCUGAUAAAUGCUGUGCGGGAUGUGGCCAAGGCUCUGGCUGAGCUCAUCAGUGCCACCAAAUGUGCUGCCGGCAAGCCGGCUGACGACCCGUCCAUGUAUCAGCUGAAGAGCGCUGCCAAGGUCAUGGUGACCAAUGUAACGUCUCUUCUGAAGACAGUAAAGGCAGUGGAGGAUGAAGCCACUCGUGGGACGAGGGCACUGGAGGCUGCCAUUGAGUGCAUCAAGCAGGAGCUGACAGUAUUCCAGUCCAAGGACGCCCCAGACAAGUCCACCUUACCCGAGGAGUUCAUCCGCAUAACAAAGGGCAUCACCAUAGCAACGGCCAAGGCAGUGGCUGCAGGCAACUCUGCUCAGCAGGAGGACGUGAUCGCUACGGCCAACCUGAGCCGCAAAGCCAUCUCCGAUAUGCUGACUACCUGCAAGCAAGCGGCAUACCACCCUGAAGUCAGUGAGGAGUUAAGGAGCAAGGCCCUGCAGUAUGGCUCUGAGUGCACCAAUGGGUACAUCAACCUUCUGGAGCAAGUACUGCAGGUGCUGCAGAAGCCCACGCCAGAGCAGAAGCAGCAGCUGGCCGUACACUCCAAGCAUGUGGCGGCGUGUGUGACAGAGCUCGUCCAGACAGCUGAGGUCAUGAAAGAUGGAGGAUCAGAAUAUGUGGACCCGGAAGACCCCACUGUCAUUGCUGAGAAUGAGCUACUCGGAGCAGCAGCGUCCAUUGAAGCUGCAGCCAAGAAACUAGAGCAGCUGAAACCCAGGGCCAAGCCCAAGCAGGCAGAUGAGACACUGGAUUUUGAGGAGCAGAUCCUAGAAGCAGCAAAGUCCAUUGCUGCAGCGACUAGUGCUCUUGUUAAAUCUGCAUCAGCGGCUCAGAGAGAACUGGUGGCACAAGGCAAGGUGGGAUCCAACCUAGCCAAUGCAGUGGACGAUGGCCAGUGGUCACAGGGUCUUAUAUCAGUUGGCCACGCCAGUGAGGAGAAGCUCAUCUCUUCAGCCAAACAGGUUGCAGCUUCCACAGCUCAGCUGCUGGUAGCUUGCAAGGUAAAGGCAGACCAAGAUUCUGAAGCCAUGAGGAGACUACAGGCUGCUGGAAACGCAGUGAAGCGAGCUUCAGACAGCCUGGUGAAGGCAGCUCAGAAGGCAGCGUUUGACAAGACUGAAGAUGACAACAUGGUGGUAAAGACUAAAUUUGUUGGAGGCAUAGCUCAGAUCAUUGCAGCUCAGGAGGAGAUGCUCAGGAAGGAGCGAGAGCUGGAGGAAGCACGGAAGAAGCUGGCUCAAAUUCGACAGCAGCAGUACAAGUUCCUGCCCAGUGAGCUGAGGGAGGAUGAGGGCUGA